AUGUUGAAAUCAAUUUUUUUAAACCACAGGUAACACAGCUUGACCUUCAUCGUCAUUUACAUGCCCUUGGUGCUGGGGUAAUUGAGGAAGUUCGUGUCCAGCGUGAUAAAAAUUUUGGUUUUGUAAGAUAUAACACACAUGCCGAGGCUGCUCUCGCUAUUCAGAUGGGAAAUGCUCAGUCAAUUCUUCGUGGAAGACAGAUUAAGUGCUCAUGGGGUAACAAGCCAACACCACCUGGAACUGCUUCAAACCCUCUUCCUCCACCAGCUCCGGCACCCAUGCAGGGUCUGUCAGCCAUUGAUCUUUUGGCUUAUGAGCGCCAGGUAGCAUUGGCCAAGAUGGGAGGCAUUCAUGCCUUUGUGCAACCUCAGGGUCAACUUCCACCAAAGCAAGCAUCCAUGGGUAUGGGCGUGGCUGGAGCAAGCCAGGCCAUAUAUGAUGCUGGUUUUCAGAACAUGGCUGCUGCACAACAGCUUAUGUACUAUCAGUGAUAUUACGGUUUACAAGGAAUUGGCAUUGUGUUUGAGAUCCUUUUUUUUUCUUUUCUUUUAAACGUUUUAACGUUUGGAGAGUUUGGUGUCUAGUUGUCUACUAUUGAUAUGCUUGUCAUGUGUAUUUAUUACAUAUUUAUGUUCGAGGUCUGUUGUGUCAUGUGUGGGAAUAUAAUAUUGACAGAAGCGGGUUAUGCUAUUACUUAUCUUAUGUCUUACGCUCACGUUAUUUAUGAUAUAUAUAUUUUACAGCGGUGAAA